UCCGAAAGCAAUCAGCAGUUCCCAGUUUUUAGCAAUCUACUAAACUCAUUAAAUUCAAUUCCGAAACCCUCUCUACAUAAAGAAAAUGGCAAUGAUUCCUAGUUUCUUUGGUAACCCACGAAGCAGUAUCUUUGAUCCUUUCUCUUCUUUCGACUUGUGGGAUCCAUUCAAAGAUUUCCAAUUUCCUUCUUCCUCUUUGAUCAUCUCUGGGGAAAAUUCCGCUUUUGUUAACACUCGCAUAGAUUGGAAAGAGACUCCAGAAGCUCAUGUCUUCAAGGCUGAUCUUCCUGGACUUAAAAAGGAGGAAGUAAAGGUGGAAAUUGAAGAUGAUAGAGUGCUUGAAAUCAGCGGAGAGAGGAACGUGGAGAAGGAGGACAAGAAUGAUACUUGGCACCGAGUGCAGCGUAGCAGCGGGAAGUUCUUGAGGAGGUUCAGGCUGCCGGAAAAUGCAAAGAUGAAUGAAGUGAAGGCCUCCAUGGAAAAUGGGGUUCUUACAGUGACUAUUCCUAAGGAGGAAGUGAAGAAACCUGAUGUGAAGGCCAUUGAAGUCUCUGGUUGAUUAAUUAAACUUUUUCUUGCGAUGGCAUGGCAUGGCAUGGACAUAUGCCAAUUGCCAAAAUAUGAAGAAAAACGGUGUUUGUCCUGUGUAUGUAUGUUCAUUGGAUUUUGUGAGCAGUGCGGGAAAUAAUAUAUUCAAAAAUAAAAUUAUAAUUUGAAAUCUUGUAACUUAAUUUGUUUUAAUAUAAUAAAUAUAAAAUUAUUUUUCCAAUA